UAGGAUUAGGUGACCAUGGGAUGAUGAUUAUUGGGAACAAGUGUGAUUUAGUGUUUGGUAGACCACUAAUGGCAUUACGAAGUGAAAAGCUUGCUCAAAAACAUGGAGCAUACUUCUUCGAAGUCAGCGCCAAAACAAACGCCAAUGUCCAAGAAGCAUUUUACACGUUAUGCAGAGAUGCAGUUUUAAGGAAAUAUGGAAAGAAGAAAGACAAGACUGCGCGUAUUUUCCAACGACUUCUUCAGCCGUUCUUUGGCACAAAGGCACAUACAGCCACAUCAGUUCCAGAGGAGUUCCAGCAAGAUCCGUACGCGUUAGGUAUGUUUGAGAGAGCUUUAAGAGACGGAAAAGAGAAAGAUCGGUCAAUUAGAAUUAACGUCGUUGGCAACUACAGACAAGGUAAAACAUCUCUGAUAAGACGGCUUAUAGGAAAGAAAGUCAUUGAUGUUUCAAGCACAGAUGGUAUAGAUGUCAUUAAUUACAAAUGUCAUCAUACAGCGGAUGGAAAAUUUUCUUUAAAAAAAGCUGAGAAAGGAAAAGCUAAAUCUGACAUCGUAGAACGGCUGGUUUCUGUUGCUUUGGCAAAUGAACAUCAGAACGAUGUACCAAGUAUUACAAAUACAGACAUUUAUCAGGGAGAAUCUGAAUUCCGUACGUUAACAACUACAUCUGAGACAACAAAGGCACACAUUUCUCAAAAGGCUGGAAAACGCAAGGAAGAACAAAUAACUACAGACCUAUAUCGCCAUCAACAGGAAAAGAUGGACUCAUCUAACAUGGAUAAAUCUCCCUCUGGGGAUGGAAAACAACUUUCAAGGUUUGAAAAUACCAACAGAAUUCCAGUGUUGUCUGUUAAAGAGAAGGAAACAUUUGCAAAAGAACUCACUAAAAGGAAAUCAAAGACAUCAAACAUAGAGACCGAAACGCUGUUCGACAUAUGGGAUUUCGGCGGACAACAAAUAUUCUACGCCACCCAUACGCUUUUUCACAGUAAAAAUGCGAUUUAUCUACUGGUAUUUGAUCUGUCCCUGGAUUUAAAGAGCGUAAUUGUUGAUGGAGAUUUUCAAGAAGAAUCUGAUGAUAGAGAUAUGGAGUAUUUUCUUCGUUUUUGGAUGAAUUCAAUUCAUUCCUUUGUUGGCUCAGAGGAUGGUUCGGUUCCCACAGUUAUUCUUGUAGGUACUCACAAAGACAAAGUAAAGGGAAAUUUAAAAAUCAAAGGCAAAUCCAUUGAAAAAUACUUCAAUGAAAUAAGAGCACUGUUUGAUGGAACUAAAUUGUUAAAUCAUAUACAUUCUGAAAACUUCGCAGUUGACAACCUUAUUGCGAAUGAUGAAGCAGUGUUGGCAUUACGCGAAACCAUUAUAUCACUGGGAGAUGCAGAGUCAAAAACAAUAGAAAUACCAGCAAAAUGGAUUCAGCUGGAAAAGUCUCUACGCACUAGAGCACAUUUCAAACUAAUCCCAUUUGAAACUGUCCUUGCCAUCGAUGAAGAAAACUACGUUCCUAUCGGCGAUCCAGAACAAAUCAAGUUGUUUCUGCGAUAUCACCAUAGUAAAGGAAUGCUCAUCUAUUUCGACGAGGAACCACUAUCAGAGCAUAUUGUUCUUGAUCCACAGUAUCUAAUAGACGCUUUCAAGUGUAUAAUCACAGCUGAGCGUUUUUGUACUAAUGAUCCAGAUAUAAGACCUCUUUGGAAGAUAUUACAUACAGAAGGUAGGCUAAAAAAAGCUUUAAUUGACAAGCAGUGGAGAAAAGAUGCUGACAAGAUGUUCAUUAAACACAAAGAAAUAUUGAUUUCCUUUCUCACUAAACACCACAUCAUUUCUGAAGCCACACGAUUUGACGACAGUACACAACAAUCGUUACGGCUUGGUUGGUUUGUUGUUCCAAGCUUGUUGAAAGCCCGACUACCACAGGAAAUGCAACUAUUCUUGAUAGACAAGAAGCAAACCAGUGUCCGUUUUGUGCUGGUAUUUGAAAAUUCAACCAUAGUUUCAACGGUAUACCAUCGUCUAAUGGCAGCUCUUAUUGGGAAAUGGCCGAUUGCACAAUUUGGCACAAAAGUCCUCAUUUCCAAAGAUAAGUGUGUUGUCCGACUGAAUACGGAUCAUGCUGGACUAGCAGAGAUGGGGUUUGAUACAAUUGAACUGACAGGCGUUAGUCUUCGUCCUUCUGCGAUUGUUUGUCCUAAGCAAGCAGAUAUUUUCAGACGAUUUUCGGAAGCGGUUGUCAUUCAUGAGUUUUCAAAGUUGGAAAGAAAGAACAGCGGACAAACCAAACCUUAUAAAACGAAGUACAGAUGUAAUGAUGAGAGACACAAUGGAAGCGGAAGCAUCAAAACUAUAGACGUUGACAAACCACACGACAAAACCAAAAUUCCAUGCCCAGAUUUAUUCUCCCAUGAAAUAGAUCUUAGGAAAGCCAGGUCGGAAUGGUUUCAAGAUCGUAGUGAAAACAUAGUUGUCCUAAAUGCGGAAUUAAAUGACAAGAUUUUGAGUAAAAUAUCACGCAGUAUAGGAAAUAACUGGCAAACUCUUGGAUUAGAGCUUGGCGUGGCAGAGGUACAGAUAGAGCAAAUUACUGAGAACCAUCCAAACAAUACUGCAAUGCGGAUAUACCAUAUGCUGAAAUCCUGGUGCCUCCAAUCGACAGAUUCAGUAAAUAUGAAUGUACUGGUACGGAAAAUGCAAGAAUGCUCGAAUGUGAGUAUUCAGUGGGAUGCAGUUAGAAACAUUUGUGAUGAAAUAGACAGUAAAUAUUUGUCAUACAAAUUUUAGGUUAAGACUAGGCUAAAUGUUUUUCUAGUACAACAUUUGUUUUACCAGCAGCAGUGUCAUUUGUGUUAUGCCAAAGGUCAUAAACUUUAUAGACAGCAAUUUCAACAAAUAAAGUGGACAAUUUCAUGUGUAUGUAUGAAGGAAACGGAAGACGGUACACAAAUAGUGAAACUGGCAUAUAGAAAAGCUAGCUGUAAAAUAUUUUAUAAAUAAUUCGUUUGCACAGGUAGCCUAGCACCGUAUGCCAUGUGUAAUAUAUUUUCCAGUAAAAACAUCUUAGAAUUUCGGAGAAUAAAUCAGCCGAAGUCAAUUCUAACGACCACAUGAUUAACUUAAAUGGGCAUUCACAUACAGCGGACAAAAAAUUAAGCAUACCACAACAACUGGAAAAUCAUAUAAGAUAAUCAUGUGGAGGCCCUUGAAUGAGGAAAGCAAAGAAAUGACAAGAGUGAAUUAAUGAACUAAUCAUGGCUUGGAUACAUACUUGGCAUACUGGUAAGCAUUACAGAUUGACAUUAGAGAGUUAAUGAAAGAAAAGAACCAUAUUUUGUAUAAUAAUUGUUCAAUGACAUUUAAUGAAAAAUGUACUAUUAAAGCAAUGCAACAAUUAUUUAAAUAAAGCUAACUGAAAACCAAAUAUCAUGCAUAUUGCCACGUGUACAUUUGUGUUUAUCAAUUACAAAAACAAAUUGCAUGCGAACCUUACACUUCAAUGUACGUUUGAAUAUGUCUUAGUUUAUUUAUGAUUUUGCAUAAGAUAAAUUAAACGAUCGUUUAAAAUUAUGUAAUAUGCGUAUGUAAGAAAGAGUUGUCAAGGGUUUUCAGAAAUAUGAAAACCAAGGACAAAGAUUUAACUUUCACGUGGAGGUGUCAAUGUGUGUGUUUGUGGGUGUGUGUGUGUGUGUGUGUGUGUGUGUGUGUGUGUGAGUUUGUAAACGCUGCCAACUGGGUAAUUUCGUAUGAAUACACACCAACGUACUGGGGAUACGCCUCGAACCGGGGAAUUCCCCACUUCAUUUUAACAAUACCACGUUAUUCCUGACCUUCAAAUUAGUCAUACCUCGAAAUUUGAGCUGAUUCUGAGCGAUAGAAAUUUAUUCCCCGGUACGCCGGUUCUGGUCAUACACAUAUCUCACACACAAUCAGAAUUUUACAACGGUGUGUAUCUUUCGCCAUUUACUGCAGUUCCCCAGUUUACCUGUAUACAACUCGUAGUACAUACACACAAAGGUUUAAAUUAUUUUCACUAAUUUAACAUAAUGCUUUCGUCAUUAUAAGCUUAUGAGUGAAAAUAUUAUGUUGAUUAAUUCA